AUGCUCACCCAACCCAUCAACCUGCCAAAAUGGCUUGAAGAAAACUCCCACCUCCUCAAACCCCCCAUCAACAACUACUGCGUCUACAACGAAGGCUUCACCGUCAUGAUCGUCGGCGGCCCCAACGCCCGCACCGACUACCACAUCAACCAAACCCCCGAAUGGUUCUACCAGCACCGCGGCGCCAUGCUCCUCAAGAUCGUCGACCCCACCGAUAACAACACCUUCAAGGACAUCAUCAUCCGCCAAGGCGACAUGUUCCUCCUCCCGCCCAACACCCCCCACAACCCCGUCCGCUUCGCCGACACCGUCGGCAUCGUCCUCGAGCAAGAGCGUCCAGAGGGGAGCAUCGACCGGAUGAGGUGGUACUGCCAGUCAUGCAAGGAGAUUGUCCACGAGGCGAGCUUUCACUGCACCGAUUUGGGGACGCAGAUCAAAGCUGCGGUGGAGGCUUUCAAGGAAGACGAAGAGAAGAGGACGUGUAAAAAGUGUGGGGAGGUGGCGGCGUGGAAGCCCGCCGAGGGGAGUCUGAAGGAUCCUAAUUUGGAGGAGGCUUGA